AUGGGGAAGGCAGGGAGAUGGGUGAUGAAUUUCCUGCUCGGGAAGAAGCAUGGAGGCAAUAGCAGCAAGGUUAGUAGCAAGACGGACUACAAUGGUGCGCCUUUCCAAGAAGAUUGCAGCAUAGAGACAGCAGCUGUUAGUGUUCUUCCACCACAAACUCCAAAGAGGAGAUGGAGCUUCGGAAAAUCAUCAAGCAAAGACAAAUCAUUGGCUCGGAGGCAUAGUACAAGCACCGUCAUUGCCACCUUCAACCCUCUUCUGCAAGCCUCAUCAGCCGAUGCCAUGGAGCAUCUGCUCUUGGGUCCGUCUCUGGGGAACAAUGAAGCUGUGGCUCUGGCCAUCCAUGAAGCUAUUAAGAACUUGGAGAGGAAGUCAAAUGCUUCACAAGCAGCAGAAGCGGAGGACAGACUACUGAGGAUCGUCUCUCGUGAACAUGCUGCUGCCACCAGGAUCCAAGCUGCCUUCCGGUCUUACUUGGCAAGAAAAGCUCUGGCGGCACUUAAGGCACUGGUUAAGCUACAAGCACUGGCAAGAGAACAUCUAGUGAGGAAACACAUGAGCGCCACAAUCCGAAAAAUGCACGCCGUUGUGUCAAUCCAAGUCAGAGCCCGUUUCCAGAGAAUCCAAAUGAGCGAGCACUCGCAACUUCAACAACAACAACAACAACAACAAGUUGUUGAUCGGUCCUCAAAGGCUGGAGAUUCUCCUUCCCAGAAUACGAACAACAACAAGAAAGAUGGAAACUUGAACGAAUCCGAGAGAUUUGCCGCCAGGAGGCAUUCAGGGGACCUCUCGUUCCUGAAGCGCGAAGGGGCAUUCGAGGAAUCUUCUUAUUUUUCUUCUACCCAGACCAGCCCUGGGACAACCCGCCAUUACAAAGCUUCUCAACAGGUGGUCUCUUCAGGACAGGAUUCUUCGUUCCUGGAACCGAGCUACAUGGGGAAGACGCAGUCCUCGAGGGCAAAGUCGAGGUCUCACAGCGAGCCGAGGCAGCGACCUCGCAGGAGCAUUUCGUCAAGCACCAGGCAGUCGCCGAGCAGCAGCGUGCAGAGUGGCUUCUCAUCGUCGAAAAGGCUGUCCCUUGGUGAAUCCCAGGAGCAGUGGUUCAUCAAGCUGUAUCGCUCGACCGUGGCGCCGCCGCCGCAGGGUGGUGACGAUUAUUAUUGCGACGGCGACACAGAAAUCCUCGUCGCCUACGAGCCGCACUUGAAUAUGUACUGA